AACAUGGCCGCUUCCGGUCUCCCUCCCGGGCCGGCGCUGGCCUGACCGCGGCCUCUGGCCGGCGCACUCCGCCCUCCGCUCCUCCCGCACUGCAGCCGCGGAGGUCGGUUCAGCCUUUCCCUCCCGCUGUCCCCGCCGCGCCAUGGAGAAGAGCUCGAGCUGCGAAAGUCUCGGCUCUCAGCCGGCGGCGGCUCGGCCGCCCAGCGUGGACUCCCUGUCCAGUGCCUCCACUUCUCAUUCAGAGAAUUCAGUGCAUACAAAAUCAGCUUCUGUUGUAUCGUCAGAUUCCAUUUCAACUUCUACAGACAACUUUUCUCCUGACUUAAGGGUCCUGAGGGAGUCAAACAAAUUAGCAGAAAUGGAAGAACCACCCUUGCUUCCAGGAGAAAAUAUUAAAGACAUGGCCAAAGAUGUAACUUAUAUAUGUCCAUUCACUGGUGCUGUACGAGGAACUUUGACAGUCACGAAUUACAGGUUAUAUUUCAAAAGCAUGGAACGGGACCCCCCAUUUGUUUUAGAUGCUUCUCUUGGUGUGAUAAGUAGAGUAGAAAAAAUUGGUGGUGCUUCAAGUCGAGGUGAAAAUUCUUAUGGACUAGAAACUGUGUGCAAGGAUAUUAGGAAUUUACGAUUUGCUCAUAAACCUGAGGGACGAACAAGAAGAUCUAUAUUUGAGAAUCUAAUGAAAUAUGCAUUUCCUGUCUCUAAUAGCCUGCCUCUUUUUGCUUUUGAAUACAAGGAAGUUUUCCCUGAAAAUGGGUGGAAGCUAUAUGACCCUCUUUUAGAGUACCGAAGGCAGGGAAUUCCAAAUGAAAGCUGGAGAAUCACAAAGAUAAAUGAACGAUAUGAACUUUGUGAUACAUACCCUGCCCUCUUGGUUGUGCCAGCAAAUAUUCCUGAUGAAGAAUUAAAGAGAGUGGCAUCCUUCAGAUCAAGGGGCCGUAUCCCAGUUUUAUCAUGGAUUCAUCCUGAAAGUCAAGCCACAAUCACUCGAUGCAGCCAGCCCAUGGUAGGAGUGAGUGGAAAGCGAAGCAAAGAAGAUGAAAAAUACCUUCAAGCCAUCAUGGAUUCCAAUGCCCAGUCUCACAAAAUCUUUCUCUUUGAUGCCCGGCCAAGUGUUAAUGCUGUUGCCAAUAAGGCAAAGGGUGGAGGUUAUGAAAGUGAAGAUGCCUAUCAAAAUGCAGAACUAGUUUUUUUGGAUAUCCACAAUAUUCAUGUUAUGAGAGAAUCAUUACGAAAACUUAAGGAGAUUGUAUAUCCCAACAUUGAAGAAACUCACUGGUUGUCUAACUUGGAAUCUACUCACUGGCUAGAACAUAUUAAGCUUAUUCUUGCAGGGGCUCUUAGGAUUGCUGACAAAGUAGAGUCAGGGAAGACAUCUGUGGUAGUACACUGUAGUGAUGGUUGGGAUCGCACAGCUCAGCUAACUUCCCUUGCCAUGCUCAUGUUGGAUGGCUACUAUCGAACCAUCCGAGGAUUUGAAGUCCUCGUGGAGAAAGAAUGGCUAAGCUUUGGACAUCGAUUUCAACUAAGAGUGGGCCACGGAGAUAAGAAUCAUGCAGAUGCAGACAGAUCUCCUGUUUUUCUUCAGUUUAUUGACUGUGUCUGGCAAAUGACAAGACAGUUUCCUACCGCAUUUGAAUUCAAUGAAUAUUUUCUCAUUACCAUUUUGGACCACCUGUACAGCUGUUUAUUCGGAACAUUCCUCUGCAACAGCGAACAGCAGAGAGGAAAAGAGAAUCUUCCUAAAAGGACCGUGUCACUGUGGUCUUACAUAAAUAGCCAGCUGGAAGACUUCACUAAUCCUCUCUAUGGGAGCUAUUCCAAUCAUGUCCUUUAUCCAGUAGCCAGCAUGCGCCACCUAGAGCUCUGGGUGGGAUAUUACAUAAGGUGGAAUCCACGGAUGAAACCACAGGAACCUAUUCACAACAGAUAUAAAGAACUUCUUGCUAAACGAGCAGAGCUUCAGAAAAAAGUAGAGGAACUACAGAGAGAGAUUACCAACCGAUCAACCUCCUCCUCAGAGAGAGCCAGCUCUCCUGCACAGUGUGUCACUCCUGUCCAAACUGUUGUAUGAAAGACUAUUAGAUUGGGGGCAUCAUUGCUAUGAACUCUUGACUACAGUGGCACCUUUAUAAGUAGCAAAUCUUCCGAAGUUAGAACCCAUCUAUGAGAGAAAGAUCAGGCGCUUUAUUUUAAAUCUCUCUGGAGUGAGUUUAGAACUGUAGCAGUUCAGGUGACUUAAAUGAAAUAACUCCAUAUGUAAUCCCAUGACUAUGACACUAAUCAUAAGUCACCCAAAGAAUAUUAAAAUACUUCAGUACUGGAUCCAUGGUGGGAAUAAGUUUCUAAUAUUAAAAGAAAAAUGCUGUCUUAUAAAUUGUGGCAUCUGGUAAAAUCAAAACACAAACCACUUUAGAAAUAAACCUCCUGAUGGGAGAGAGCUCAUUGCCCAGAGGAUCAUCAGUUUUCAAGCCAAGUGCUGAAAUUCUGUGGUAUCAUAUAUGUAUAUUGGGCCUUGAUAUCAUCACAGAUCAAAAUCAUUUGAUAUCCCUUUCUCCAUUAUGGGAUUUUCUUUUUUGUAGUAACUGAUUUACCUUCAUUACCUUUCUACCUUCACAUUCUUUGUAUAGUGAAAGGCAAAGUCUUGAGGAUAUUAUGGUGUAGUAGUAGUUGACCAUUAUUGCUAUCAUUAUUUAUAUACUUAUUUAAUUUGUUUUAGCUAUUUCAAAAUGCCUUAUAGAUGUGCUUGGGGAAGGAUGAAAGGGAGAAAGAGGUAGACAUGCAGGAGUUCAAAGAAUCCCACACACUUCACAUUAGCUUCCAUUUGUCUAGUUACCAGAAACAUUAUGGAAGAUAUUUUAAAAACUCACUUAGCUCACUUUUUUUUUUGGUCUGAACAUACUGAAGCUAAUGGGCAAGUUUUUAGGCAGUAUUUUAAAAUCUUACUAGGGUUGGCUUUUUUCCUGAGGUCUAUUAUAUAAAUAGCUUAUGGUGAGAAGUAUUAUGCUCAAAUUUUGCAAGAAAUAUUUUACUACCUUCUUCCUUUGCAAAUUCUAUAAUUCCACUGAAUGAGUAAAUUUACCAAAGAACAUGUUGCAUGUUACUAUGUAUUACAAUCUCACUGCCAGUAAAAGAAAUGUUGCUUCACUGUUUCACCUGCUACAAGUAAGAUUUUGGUGCUGGUAUAAACAUUUGAUUUCCUGAUGUGUAUUUUACUCUAUAUAAGAGCCAUAUGUAAUGUACUGUAACAGAGGAGCUUCUUGUCCCUUGGUCUUUUAAUUAAAAGAAAUUUCAACUGA